AUGCCGCGCGAAGCAGAGCCUUCGCUGAAUGAAAAGGCUUUCGUCCUUCAGGCAAUUGAGGAGAAGCAGCGCCUCGAUGGCAGGAAUUUUGAAGACUACAGGCCGCUAGAGCUCACUUUUGGCGACGAACAUGGCGUCGCAGAUGUCCAGCUCGGAAAGACGAGAGUCCUCGUCAAAGUCUCCGCCGAAGUAGCAGUCCCCUACCCAGACCGACCCUUCGACGGCAUCUUCACGAUCACCACCGAGCUCAGCCCCCUAAUCUCCCCAGCCUUCGAAGUCAACCGCCCCACCGAGCGCGAAGUCCUCCUCUCCCGUCUCCUUGAAAAGACGAUCCGGCGCUCUGGCGCCCUCGACAUCGAAUCCCUCUGCCUCAUUGCGGGCAAGAAGUGCUGGGCCCUGCGCGCGGACGUGCACGUGCUCUCUCUCGACGGCAACCUCGUGGACGCGGCGUGCGUGGCCGUCGUGGCAGCGCUGCGCCAUUUCCGGAAGCCGGACUCGAGCACCGAGGGCGAGGAGGUGACGGUAUACACGGCGGCGGAGAGGGAGCCCGUGCCGUUGAGCUGGUUGCAUUCGCCGCUUUGCGUGACGUUUAGCUUCUUUGGGGAGGAAGGGGAGAAAGGCAUGCUUGUCGAUGCUACGUGGUUGGAGGAGCAGGUGGCGACGGGGAAUUGUACGAUCGGUAUGAAUAAGCAUGGGGAGAUUUGUCAGGUUUCGAAGCUGGGAGGGGCGCCGGUUGAGGCGGUUUUGUUGUUGCAGUGUGGGAAUUUGGCGUUGGCGAAGGUGAGGGAGUUUUCGGACUUGCUGGAUGCGAAGUUGGCAGAGGAUGCGAAGAGGAAAGAUAAGGGCGGGCUCAUAGCGCAGCUGUCGGCGGAGAAUGAGAGGUGA